AGAAGAGAUGGAAGGAAUAGAGCACAGGACAGUGGAAGUGAAUGGCAUCAAAAUGCAUGUAGCAGAGAAAGGACAAGGUCCUGUGGUGUUGUUCCUUCACGGCUUCCCCGAGCUCUGGUACUCAUGGCGACACCAGAUUCUGGCUCUCAGCUCCCUCGGUUACCGUGCCGUGGCACCUGAUCUCCGUGGCUACGGUGACACCGAAGCCCCUACUUCAAUCAGCAGCUACACAUGUUUCCACAUCGUGGGUGACAUUGUUGCCCUUAUUGACUCACUCGAUGUGGAUCAAGUUUUCCUCGUUGCACAUGAUUGGGGAGCCUUGAUAGGUUGGUACCUAUGUUUGUUUCGCCCUGAGAGAAUCAAGGCCUAUGUUUGUCUCAGUGUACCUUUCUUUACUAGAAACCCCAAAGUGAGGACAGUAGAUGGCAUGCGAGCCUUGUACGGAGAUGACUACUAUAUCUGCAGAUUCCAGGAACCGGGCAAAGCCGAAGCUGAGCUUGAGAAAAGUAGCGCUGAACGGGUAAUAAAGAACGUUCUCAUGGGUCGCAAACCUGGGCCACCAAUCUUGCCCAAAGAAGGGAUGGGAUCUAAUCCAGAUGAUACAAGGCCUCUUCCCUCUUGGCUCACACAAGAAGAUCUCGCUUAUUAUGCUUCUAAAUUUAAAAAAUCAGGCUUCACUGGAGGCCUUAACUACUAUAGGAAUUUGAACUUAAAUUGGGAGCUGACGGCACCUUGGACUGGAGCGCAAGUAAAAGUACCGGUGAAAUUCAUAACGGGUGAUUUAGAUGUAGUGUACACUUCGCUAGGGAUGAAGGACUAUAUCGAUAGCGGUGCUUUCAAGAAAGAUGUGCCGAAUUUGGAGGAAGUGGUUAUACAGGAAGGGGUAGCUCACUUCAACAACCAAGAAGCUGCGGAGGAAGUUAACAAUCAUAUUCUUGAUUUUAUCAAGAAGUUCUGAUAGAUCUUAUCAACUCUCUCCGAGUUUAGUUAAUCAAAUAAUUUGGUUACCGUCCAUUCUGCUUGGCGUAUGUUUAAGUUAUUUUAAUAAAUAUAAUCGUACCUAUGUUUGUGCACUGGAAACAUAUUCUCAUUUGAAUAUUCGU